ACGUGACAGCAGUGUGUGCAGUUCGGGUGUGGACGCAGGGUCAAACCCCAGAUUACUGAGGGGUCAAGAGGUGGUUUUUAGUGAGGGAAACCUCUCCCCCCACCCCCCAGCCAAAGGAGCCUUUAUUACACCAUGGAUGACUCUGGGAUAAUCCGGCGCAGGAGGCUGCAGGAUUUACCGCUGCCUCGCAAGAACAGCAGUUGCAGAACGAGCAACAGGAAGAGUCUGAUCCUGACCACCACCUCCCCCACGCUGCCUCGCCCACACUCCCCUCUCCCCCUCCCGGGACACCUCGGAAGCAGCCCUCUGGACAGCCCAAGAAACUUCUCCCCCAGCAACCCUGCACACUUCUCCUUCGCCUCCUCCAGAAGAGCGGACGGACGACGGUGGUCUUUAGCAUCUCUGCCCUCUUCUGGAUAUGGCACCAACACUCCCAGCUCAACGUCCUCCAGCUCCUCUCAGGAGAGGCUGCACCAGCUGCCCUUCCAGCCCACCAUGGAUGAGCUCCACUUCUUAUCCAAACACUUCGGCAGCACGGAGAGCAUCACGGACGAUGACGGAGGACGAUGCUCUCCACACAUGCGCCCGCGGUCACGCAGCCUCAGCCCAGGACGUUCCUCCUCCUUCUAUGACAAUGAGAUCGUGAUGAUGAACCAUGUGUACAAAGAGCGCUUUCCAAAAGCCACUGCACAGAUGGAGGGGAAGCUGGGCGACUUCAUCCAGGAGUUCUCUCCUGAAAACGUUCUUCCUCUGGCCGACGGGGUCCUCAGCUUCAUCCACCAUCAGAUAGCCGAGCUGUCCAGAGACUGCCUGGCCAAAUCCCGCGACGGCCUCAUCACAUCCGUCUACUUCUUCGAGCUGCAGGAGAACCUUGAGAAGCUGCUACAGGAUGCCUUCGAGCGUUCGGAGAGUACCGAGGUAGCCUUCGUCACAGAGCUGGCGAAGAAGCUUCUCAUCAUCAUCUCCCGACCUGCCCGACUCCUGGAGUGUCUGGAGUUUAACCCGGAGGAGUUCUACCACCUGCUGGAGGCGGCGGAGGAUCACGCUAAGGAGGGUCACCUGAUGAAGACGGACAUCCCUCGGUACAUCAUCAGCCAGCUGGGAAUGACCAGAGACCCUAUCGAAGAGAUGGUAAACCUGGAUAGCUACGACAUCGAGGGGGCGCUGACUCCUGAGACAGACGACUCGACAGAUAGUAAGAUGAGAGCGAUGAAAGCACCAGAGGAGGCCGACUUUCAGACCAUCAAGCUGAUCAGUAACGGAGCGUACGGCGCUGUGUACCUGGUGCGACACCUGGAGACCCGGCAGCGCUUUGCCAUGAAGAAGAUCAACAAGCAGAACUUGAUCCUGAGGAACCAGAUCCAGCAGGCCUUCGUGGAGCGAGAUAUCCUCACCUUCGCAGAGAACCCCUUCGUCGUUUCCAUGUUCUGCUCCUUCGAGACCCGACGACACCUCUGCAUGGUCAUGGAGUAUGUGGAAGGUGGAGACUGUGCGACUCUGCUGAAGAACAUCGGAGCUCUGCCUGUAGAAAUGGCUCGUAUGUACUUUGCAGAGACCGUCCUCGCACUGGAAUACUUACACAACUACGGCAUCGUGCAUCGGGACCUCAAACCUGACAAUCUCCUGAUCACCUCGAUGGGUCACAUCAAGCUCACAGACUUCGGCCUCUCCAAGAUGGGUCUGAUGAGUCUGACCACCAACCUGUAUGAAGGUCACAUCGAGAAGGACACUCGGGAGUUCCUGGAUAAACAGGUGUGUGGGACUCCAGAGUACAUCGCCCCCGAGGUGAUUCUGCGUCAGGGCUACGGGAAGCCGGUGGACUGGUGGGCGAUGGGCAUCAUCCUGUACGAGUUCCUGGUAGGCUGCGUGCCGUUCUUCGGAGACACUCCGGAGGAACUGUUCGGACAGGUCAUCACAGAUGACAUCGUGUGGCCUGAAGGAGACGAGUCGCUCCCGUUCGAUGCUCAGCACAUGAUCUCCUCCCUGCUGCAGACCAACCCUCUGGUUAGACUGGGAACAGGUGGAGCGUUUGAGGUGAGGCAGCACUCGUUCUUCACCGAGGUGAACUGGAACAGCCUCCUGAGACAGAAAGCCGAGUUCAUCCCUCACCUGGAGUCGGAGGAGGACACCAGCUACUUCGACACCCGGUCUGAGCGCUACCACCACGUGCAGUCGUACGAUGAAGACGACACCAACGACGACGAGCCGGUGGAGAUGCAUCGCUUCUCCUCCUGCUCCCCUCGCUUCAGCAAGGUGUACAGCAGCAUGGAGCACCUGUCUCAGCUGGAGCAGAAACACCCCGGUGUGACGCUCCGCGAACACAAAGUUCCCCGAGAGGAUCGAGUGGCCAAGAGAGAGAGUCUUGGCAGCCUGACGCUCCGAGACAAGAGCUGGAGGACCGGGUCUCCGGAGAUGAAGCGUCUAUCCUGCUCCGAGUCGUCCUUCUACGAGAGCGACUCCAGCCCUCCCUCGGGGGCCCGUAGACGUUUCUCGGCCCUCAUGGACACUCACCGCCUGUCCUCCCCUCUGGAGCUGGACUCGGAACUGCCGGUCCCCAGCAGGCUCUCAUUGAAGAAUAGAGGGGCCUCUCUGGAGGGACCCCUCCCAUCGCAGGGAGACCUGAGAACAGUCCUUAAAGAGAGCAACGGGCUCACAGCUGCAGUGGAUAAGGUUCUGAGACCUGCUGAUGCGCCUCAGCCUCUCACAGGCAGUGCUGCUCCUCUGGGACUCCUGGACACCCAGGGGCCUCGAGGUGCCACGACAGACCUGGUGCUCCGGAGGGUCCGACACCAUCAGCUCUCUGAGGGAGAGAAGAACAACUCAAGACCGGGAACUAAAGUCAUCAAAUCUGCGUCAGCCACAGCUCUGUCCGUCAUCAUUCCUGCAGUGGAGCAGCACGUCGCCUCCCCCUUGGCAAGCCCUAUGUCUCCUCGCUCCCUCUCCUCAAACCCCUCCUCCCGGGACUCCUCCCCGAGCAGAGAUUACUCCCCCAUGGUGAACGUGCAGCUCUCCCCCAUCACCAUCCACCGCGCCGGGAAGAAGUACGGCUUCACGCUGAGAGCCAUCAGAGUUUACAUGGGAGACAGCGACGUGUACAGCGUGCAUCACAUGGUCUGGCAUGUUGAAGACGGAGGACCGGCUCAUGAAGCUGGACUCAGCGCCGGUGAUCUCAUCACUCAUGUGAACGGGGAGUCAGUCCACGGUCUGGUCCAUACGGAGGUGGUGGAGCUCAUCCUGAAGAGUGGAAGCAAAGUGACGGUUACGACGACUCCAUUCGAGAACACCUCCAUAAUCGGUCCUGCUCGCAAAUCCAGCUAUAAAUCCAAGAUGGCGCGGCGCAGCAAGAGGACGGGAGCCAAGGAGGGGCAAGAGAAGAAGCGCAGCUCUCUGUUCAGGAAAAUCACCAAACAGUCGAACCUGCUUCACACCAGCCGCAGCCUCUCCUCUCUGAACCGCUCCCUCUCCUCUGGGGACAGUCUGCCCGGCUCCCCGACCCACAGCCUCUCCGCACGGUCCCCCACCCAGAGUUACCGCUCCAACCUCACCGAACCCCCCUACGUGGGCACCUCCUCUCAGAGCAGCUCUCCGGCCUCCAGCACCCCCAACUCCCCGGCCACCUCCUCCUCCCACCACAUGAGGCCCAGCUCGCUGCACGGCCUGUCGCCCAAACUGCACCGUCAGUACCGCUCGGCUCGCUGCAAAUCCGCCGGCAACAUCCCUCUCUCCCCUCUGGCUCACACGCCAUCACCCACCACCUCCUCUCCCCCCCCUCUCUCGGGCCACAUUGUGGGAAGCUCCAACACGACGCAGACGUUUCCCGCCAAACUGCACUCCUCGCCCCCUGUUUCCCGCCCGCGACCGAAGAGUGCCGAGCCGCCGCGAUCCCCUCUCCUGCAGAGGGUGCAAUCUGCGGAAAAACUCGGAGCAAAUCUACCUUCCUCCUCCUCAUCGUCAUCCUCGCCUUCCCCUCUCACAGGUGGGGUGUCGCUGCGUAAACACAGCCUGGAGGUGUCGCACGGCGACUACAGAAGAGACUCCUUCCACUGCGAACACAGCCUGCAGAGUCUCCUAGAGAUGGAGGGUGAGAACGGACCGGCCCCACCUUCACCUUCAUCGUCUUCCUCACCUUCUCCUCCCAUGGAGAUCGGAGGGCCGAAGCCGAUCAGGAGGAUGGGGAGGCAGGAGUCGCCGCUCAGUCGGGACACUCUCAUCCCGCAGAAAGAUACUAAAGAGAGUGCUGUGGAUAAAAUAUCGAAGGCUGAGGCGUUAAAGAAAAGUGAGGGUGUGGAGAAGUCCUGUCCAGCUGCCGAGGAGAAGCAGAACCUAGCGGAGAAAACUGCAAGAAGUGCUGAAGCAGCAGCGGAAUCCAAGGGUAAAAUCUAUGAGAAGACUAUAGCUUUAAAAGGGCAGCAACAAGACGGUAAGCAGCAGACAGACAGUGGAGCUGUAGCUAAAGCUCAGGAGGAGAAGGGGAAAGAGAAAGGGAGCAUCCCGAAACCUACCGAGCAACCGAAGCUACGGAAAGGCUCAGAAAGCGGCGAAAAAGUUGUCGAAAAAGCUGCAGAAACGGUAAAAGUCAAAGCACCUGCACCGCCCAUUCCCCCCCAUGCUCCUCUGAGACCUAAAGUGUCCCACAGCUACCGGGGGGGGAAAGAGGAGAGGGCGCACCUGGAGGUCCUGGAGGAGAAUCCAACCUCCCCCUCCUCCACCGCUGCCUCCCCCUCCUCAAACAAACCCCGCCCGAUGUCUCCCGGAGAGAAAGCCAGCUUCGUCACUCAGUUCACCAGCGUGGCCAAAACAGUGCUGAAGGGGGGGUCGCAGGAGGGGGUCAAAGUAAAAGAUAACGCCAAGAUGAGCGAGGAGAAGAAGGGGAACGCGGGGAAGGCAGAGGGGGCGUCCGCAGGGGGGCGGCGGGGGGGGCAGGCCUCAGCGAACAUGGCUGACAGAGGAAACAUUCGCAGCUCCAAACAUCACUCGUGAUAAAAGGAGACGCCCAUAUAUGGAGGGAGAUCUGAGCAACGGUGUGUGUGUGUGUAUGUGUGUGUGAACAGAGGGGCAACCUGUGAGACAAUGUGAGACGUAUUCCACAAAUGCAGAAAUAACUUAUAGAAACUCCAAAACAAUCCUACAUUACAAGUGAAAGUCCUGCAUAAAGAAAGUAAACGUAUCUAAAGAAUGAUCAGGAAAAUGUUCCACAAAUUCAAACUCAAAAAUAAAACAGAUCUGCAUUUUAGCAAACGACAGAGAGCCUUUCAUUUGGAUAAAUACUCCCACUACUGAUACUGCUAAUACUACUACACCGUUAAAAUACCCAUUCAAAGUAAAAGUCCUGCUUUAAAAAUGGUGAUUUAGUAAAAGUAUUUAAAGUAUGAUCGGAAAACUGUUCCAAAAAUGAGUAAACUCAAGUAAAACCUGCAGGAAGAGAGGUCCCACAGAGGGGAAAUACAUUCUGCAUUUGACCCAUCCCCUCCAAUAGGAAUGGUUUUGGGUCCUUUACAUACUACUCUGUAAGAUCAAAGCCCUGUAUUGAUGAUAGUACUUGAGUAAAAGUAUUUAAAGUAUGAUGGGGAAAGCGAUAAAUAUUUGUAGACAAAAAAAUGAAAAAGCAAAUCAAUUUUACAAGUAAACAAAAAUCUGUAAAUACAUUUAAUUAAUGCAUAAGUCAAUAAAAAGCAUCGGCAAACCCUCUGAAUUAACUGAAAGUCCAAAUGAGUCCCAGCCUAUAUCAUUAGCACUAAUUGUCUGGUGUCACUCGGCUGUGUUCGGAUACCCAGCUGUCGACGUGGUUUUUCCGAAUUUCAAAAUAAAAGCACGCUCUUUCUGUUCACACAAACAGCACGGAGACAGAGCCCCCUCCAUAGUGCCUUCUACUGUAGCAUCACUCAGACAUAUCAUGGAUUAACUGUGAGUGACAGGAGGGAAGGGGGGGAACAGAAACGCCUGAAAACCAAAUAGCCGGCACACGUGAAGAAGCGUCGGCCAUGUUGGAUCUGCUGUAGGCCUGUGUGUGUUCGAUGUGUUGUUAUAUAUAUAUAGAGGAAACCAUGCAUACGUCUCAAUGCAUGUCUGACACUGUACAUGGAACAAUAUGGAAAUCUAAAAAAAUAUAAAGCAGACCUUCAGGUGGAGAACACUGUGAACAACUUCUCAAACUGUUAGCAGGUUAGGUUAUAAACAGGCAUUACUCAUAUUUCAUCCAUUUAGUCCGAUUUUAAAGGAGGAACACACACUUUAUUCCAGUUUUUGAAAGAGUUCAGGCUCUUUAACGACACAUCAUGUGAUAAAACGACAAAAUGUAAAGCAUUCUUACUUUACUACAUCAGCUGACUUCCUAAUAACACCUGCAUUUCCUGAUAAACAGGGAUAUUUACAGCUACAUGCAUUAUGUAAUGUAUAUCCCACUAUAUAUCUUAGUACAGUUGUUUCUAAAUUAUACAGGAGUUGUACUCAUGCAUGCAUUAUGGAAUAACACUCCAAAUUGGAUUUCUCUACUGUAGGCAUUAUCAUUUUUAGAAGUUUAAGAAAAAAAGGGACUCUUUUUUAGGCACCCAGUGAUAAUUUACCAAAGUAAUAAUAUAUAUUAAAAUGACAGCAUGAUUCAUGCUUGUAUUUAUAAAAUAAACGUUGUUGUCAUUAUGAUUUUAUGAAUGAACAUAUACAUUGUAUUAUAUUAUUUGACCUUAUACUCACAUCAAUAAAUGAUUAUUGAAUUAAAUAAACAUAAAAUACAAUCAUUUUUUAUUAAAAGACGUCUUUAAUCCUCCAAAACUACAUCACUUUUACUCUAAAUUAAACCUGUUUACAGAUAAAGACAAUCCGUUUGGGUUAUAUUUACAUAACGCAUGUUUUAUUACAUUUUCAUUCAUCAAAAAAGGCAGUUUAUCAAUGAUCGUAAUGUUUAAAAUUGUAAUUCCCUCAAUUGCAAUAUCAUUUAUAAUAAUCCCGAUUCAUUAUGUUUUCCAAAUUGUGCACCGGCCACCCUGUGGGCCCAAGGCACUGACCCCCCCAUUACAAGAGGGAAUGCUUUACAUUUUGUCAAGUUAUUACAUGAAGUCUUGUCUCAUGUAGAGAAGAAUACAACACAAACUGUAAACUGGACCAAGGAACCAAAACCUGUGCAGUGAUGGAAUUAAGGGCUGAACAUUAGUGAGAACUGAACGAGGGAGGUUUGAUAAACUUGCACAGGGACGCUCUGCCACGAGCUGACAAUGCUAACUGUCCUAGCGUCCCCGAGUUCUGAGUUUACCCUGGAGAGAAGAAGAAGAAGAAGAAAGGGUUGCAAUAAAAACACAUUUUAGUUUCAAAGCGUCGUCGUAGUCAACAUGUGCAAUUAUAUAUUUUAGGAAGUGAGUGUGUGUUAGUGAGGAGAGUAUAGGCUAGAUUCACUCAAUGCUAUUUAUGCAGAUGUGUGUCAUGUGACGGAAAGUGCCAGUGUGUGUGUGUGUAUUUACUUUGUUGUGUUUAAUGUGUAAUAAUCAUAAUGAUAUGCAAUCCAACAGUGCCCAGUUUCAUAAAAGCGAGCACCCUACAGUGAGAGCAACGUGAGGAGGGGAUAUACUGAGAGCAUCUUAGAGGCAAAGUCUUGUGUUUUUGAUUUUAAAAAAGUACAGAAAAAUGAUCCUGAAUUUGGGGCAUAAGAGCACGAGAGCUCUGAUUUGUCAUAGAUCGCCACCUUCUGGAGAAAUGUCACAUUACAUCAAUAUCCCUGAGGUUAAAGAACGAUGUGUGGACAUGUUUCCUUUUCAAACACAAUUAUUCUGAUGCAUUAUUCUUCUGUUGCAGCCUGAGCUUUAAAGGUUUUAGUUAUUACAAUAUUUUCAGACAUUUACCCAAUGUGUUGGUGUUUUAUGUGAGAAAAUUGCACUUUAUUUUAAAUAUUUUUGUUUAUUUUUCUAUUUAUUCUGAAAUGACGUUUUUUAUUUAUUAUUUUCUACAUGUAAUCAGUGAGUGACUUUCUGCUUUACUACUGAAACCAGUUAUUUAUACAUUUUGCAUUUAGAGAAAUGUGUGUGUGGCUUCCCCACUGUGUGUGUGUGCUGUGAUCCCUUUCUGUCUGCAGUUGUGAUUUUGCUGUUUUGUCUGUGGGUGUUUUUUUUUUUACUGCAACGACCCUCUCUGCCUGUUGUUGUUUAUUACAUUGCUUCAUGUUUAUUAGCCACCAUUGUCAAAAAAAGCCUAAAGUGCAGAACUGUAAUAAAAAGCAGAGA